AUGUCUAGUAAUCCUUUCCUUGAUCAAGUGAGGUCUUCAUUCCAACGUUCGAGAUCUUUGAACGCAGGGCCAUCUUUGCAACCAAACCGGGUGAUCUCUGAAAUUCAGAAUCGCCUAGAAAGAGAGUUAGCAACUGCAAAAGAGCAAGCCAUUGCCACAUUUGAAGGUCUUGCUAUCCACACUGACCUCCCAGGGUCUUCACCUUCAAAUUCUGAAUCAAGUUCAGACCAAGAAGAAGAAGAGAUGGCUGCCAAUGAGUUCAUGGGAGACCUUGAUAUCCCAACAAUUCCAGCAUCCCCUUCAAGCAUCUUGCUGCCCACCGCAGCUCGAAACUAUGAGCUUAAAUCUUCUCAUCUUAAUAUGCCCCCUUCUUUUUAUGGUUUACCUAAUGAAGAUCCAUUAACUCAUAUAAAGGAUAUUUUUAAUGUUGUGAGCUCUUUUCCCUUGACAGGUGUGACGGAAGAGCAACUUCGAAUGAGAGUGUUUCCGUACACUUUGAAAGAUAAGGCUAAAUAUUGGUUGAAUUCUUUGAAGCCUGGUUCACUCAUGACUUGGGGAGCCAUUCAAAAGAAGUUCUUGGAGAAAUAUUUCUCCACGCAAAAAAACGACAUGCUCAGGGACAAGAUCUUUCUAUUUGCACAACAAGAUGAUGAGUCGUUUUGUGAAGCAUGGGAGAGAUUCAACGGGCUGCUCAAUCAAUGUCCUCAUCAUGGGAUUCCAUUGAAGCUUCAGAUGCGUAUGUUUUAUAAAGGACUAACCCCCCCUAGCCAUAAUAUUGUCACUAAUUUUGCAGGUGGUUCUUAUAAGACUAAAACUCCAGAAGAAACAUAUGAACUCUUUGAGGAGAUAGCAAUGGAGACCCAACACACCGAUACAAGAGGUAAACGUAUUGCUGGUGGUUCUAAUGAUUCUUCCAGUGUGCAGAUUUUCAAAUUGGAACAAAAGCUAGAUGCCCUCCUUGCAUUGAACUCAAGAAACCCUUUGAAGGAAGUGUGUAGCAUCUGUGAAACUCAUGAUCAUCCUACCAUUUCUUGUCCCUUUGGGGCUGCAUAUCCAGAAUUUGUGCAAGAGCAAGCUAAGUUGGUGAAUUCCUACAACCGUGGUCCAAUAAAUGACCCAUAUUCUCAAAGUUAUAAUCCAGGUUGGAGGAAUCAUCCAAACUUUUCAUGGAGGAAUACACAGAAUCAAUCGAAUCCCCCUUCACUUCAAAGGCCACAACAAUCAUCAUCGUUGGAGGAUAUAGUGAAGCAAAUGGCAAUCAACCAAUCCACUUUCCAGCAAACAACACAAGCUGCCAUCUCCAAGUUGGAAGUCCAAUUGGGCCAGAUAGCUACUGAAAUAGCUCAAAGAGAACCUGGGAAAUGGCCAAGUCAAACCGUGAUCAAUCCAAAAAACCAAGAAGCCAAGGCCGCUCAUGUGCUCAGAUCAGGUAAGAUUGUUGAUAACAAAGUUGGUUCUGAUCUAUCAAAUGAUGUUGUGGUUGUAGAGGAUGAAGAUGAAGAGGAAACCACAACUAUGGAAGGGGAACAACCCAAAACGUCCCAAUCUGCUCCUAAGGCCAAAUCUGAUUCUCAGGAACCCAAUCCAUUUCAAUUGCAAAAAAGAGAUGACAAAUUUGUGCCAUCACAUCUUCAUCAAGAUAGAUACAUCCCACCUCCUCCAUAUAUUCCACCGAUUCCAUUUCCAGGCCGCUUGAAGAAAGCAAAUCAAGAUAAGGCUUUUAAAGAGAUUUAUGAUAUUUUGAGUAAAGUUAAUAUCAAUUUGCCCUUGCUUGAUGUUGUUAAACAUAUUCCUGCAUAUGGAAAGUUCAUCAAGCACUUGAUGACUCACAAGCUCAAAUUUACUCCAAGUGAAGAAGUAAAGCUCAACAAGAAUGUGAGUGCUGUAUUGCAAAGGAAGCUUCCACCAAAACUAGAAGAUCCUGGCAGCUUUAACAUUCCCAUUAACAUUGGAGAUAAGACGGUUGGAAGAGCCAUGUUGGACUUGGGAGCAAGCAUCAAUGUAAUGCCAUAUUCAGUUUAUCAGGCGCUUGGCUUAGAAGGGAUAAAGAAAAACUCAAUUCGUCUUGAACUAGCUGAUCAUUCUAUCAAAUAUCCAAGAGGUAUUGUAGAAGAUAUUUUAGUUCAAGUUAAUACACUCAUUCUUCCAGCUGAUUUUGUAGUGAUGGAUAUGGAGGAUAACCCAUAUGUAGACCGUGUUGAUCCCAUUCUCCUCGGGCUACCAUUCAUGGCCACUGCAGACACAAUCAUCAAAGUGAAAGAUGGCACCCUCUCCAUGACUGUUUUGGGUGAAACUGCUGAAUUUAAAGUGUUUGAUGCUCUGUCUCAACCUUCUAUCACUCUUGAUACUUGUUUUUCAAUUGAUGUUGUUGAUCAUGAGGUUUCUUCUAAAAUUGUGCAGAAAAAGUCUAAUGAUGCUUUGGAAGCGGUCCUAACACAAGAAGAGGAAGAUCUCUUUGAAUCAUAG